AUGUUAACAAAAAGUAUAAGACUAUUCAGACAAUUUAGAUUUUGUACAUCUCUGGAAGAAAUUACUAAAAAAUAGGCUGAAUGGUCAAGCAUAGCUAAAUAGAAAACAUAAUAACAAAAAGAAUAUUUAGAAUAAACAUUAACAUAGGAUUAAAAAACACGAGUGUAGGCAAUAGCUGAUGCAUGUUGCGAAUUAGAUCUUUUCGAAUUGUAAUGUUUAAUGAGUUUGCUGAAUGAAAAUCACUACAAGGCCCAAGGCAUUGGUAUCUUUGAGCUUAAUUCAAAUUGGCCUGUGAUCAAACAAAAUGAAGUACCAACUUGGCCUCCAAAAGAGAAGGAAUAAAUUGAAGCCUACAUGAAAGAGCUGUUCGGAGAGAAUGUCCCUGAUUUCAAAGCUAUUUUCGGUGGUAUAGGAUCAGCGGGAAGUUAAGCGUCAUCCCAAAGUGCUGCCACAAAAGAAGCACCAAAGCAAGAAGAGAAGCAGGCAUAAGCUGCACCAAAAGUUGAGGCGGAGAAAAAAAAUUACGAUGUUGAAUUGAGUGCUAUUGAUGCAGCUCAGAAGAUCAAGAUUAUCAAGGAAGUUAGGUAACUGCUCAAUUUGGGAUUGAAAGAAGCCAAGGAUUUAGUUGAGAAAUUGCCAGCCAAUUUAGGAAAGCAGGUGCCUAAGGAGAAAGCCAAUGAAUUAAAGGAAAAGUUAACAGCAGCAGGAUGUACAAUAAAUUUGAAGUGA